GCAGAGCACUGAGGACCGGUGGCGCGCGCUCACACACUCACUCACACACACACACUCCCCCAAACAAAGAGAAGCACGCGAGGCAGCACAGAGCAUCCCACCCUUUCAGCCGCGAGCUCCAUCCAUCCCCUCUUUUUUGAAUAGAACCGGUCCCGGUCCGAGCACACAGAAAAAACCGACAAUGACAACCAACGGCUCGACUAACGGAACCAGCGACAUGCUGCAGAUCCAGUUCGGUCUCAUCAACUGCGGGAACAAAUACCUCACCGCGGAGACGUUCGGCUUCAAAAUCAAUGCCUCCGCCUCCAGCAUGAAGAAGAAGCAAAUCUGGACUCUGGAGCAGAGUGGGGACGACUCCACCGGGAAUGUUUUCCACCUCAAGUCUCACCUGGGCCGGUACAUCGCCGCCGACAAGGACGGGAACGUCACCGGGGACAGCGAGACCCCGGGCUCUGAGUGCCGCUUCGUCAUCACCGCGCACGAUGACGGCCGCUGGUCCCUGCAGUCCGAGGCGCACGGCCGGUUCCUUGGUGGCACCGAGGACCGGAUCAUCUGCUUUGCGCAGACCGCGUCGGUGGCUGAGAAAUGGAGCGUGCACAUCGCCAUGCACCCGCAGGUGAACAUCUUCAGCGUGACGCGCAAGCGGUACGCGCACCUGAGCGGCAAGGUGGACGAGAUCGCCAUCGACCGGGACGUGCCGUGGGGGGUGGACUCCAUGAUCACGCUGGUGUUCCGGGACCAGCGGUACCACCUGCAGACCUCAGACAACCGGUUCCUGAGCAGCGACGGCGCGCUGCUGGCCACCACCGACCGGAGCACCGGAUACACGCUGGAGUUCCGCUCCGGUAAGGUGGCGUUCAGAGACUGCGGAGGAAAGUACCUGGCGCCUUCAGGGCCCUCCGGUACCAUGAAGUCCGGGAAGAGCGCACGGGUGGGCAAGGACGAGCUGUUCGUGCUGGAGCAGAGCCACCCGCAGGUCGUGCUGACAGCAGCCAACGAGAGGAACGUCUCUACCCGGCAAGGUAUGGACCUCUCAGCCAAUCAGGACGAGGAGGGCGACCAGGAAGUGUUCCAGGUGGAGAUUUGUCGCGAAAACAGGAAGUGUGCGUUCCGUACCGCCGCGGGGAAAUACUGGACCCUGACCGCUAACGGGGGCUUGCAGUGCACUGCCUCCACCAAGUCUGCUAACUGUUACUUUGACAUCGAGUGGCGUGGGAAGAGGCUGACUCUCCGGGCUGCCAAUGGGAAAUACGUCGCCGCCAAGAAAAACGGGCAGCUAGCAGCGACCAUCGAUUCUGCCGGAGAGUCUGAGGAGUUUCUGAUGAAGCUGAUUAACCGCCCGAUCAUCGUUCUGCGCGGCGAGCACGGCUUCAUCGGCUGCAGGAAGGUGACGGGAACGCUGGACUCCAACCGCUCCACCUAUGACUACUUCACCCUGGAGUUCAGAGACGGAGCCUACAGCCUGCAAGACUCCACGGGUAAAUACUGGAUGGCGGGUAAUGAGCAGUCGGUGGUGAGCAGCAGUGACACACCUGUCGACUUCCUCUUCGAGUUCUGCGACUACAACAAGCUGGCCAUCCGCCACGCCGCAGACAGCAAGUACCUGCGCGGCGACCACGCCGGCGUCCUGAAGGCCAACGCCGACGACCUGGAGAGCGCCACAAUGUGGGAGUACUGAGGGAAGCUGCUGCAAUGCUCAGGAAUGAAUUAAGAGUGGCGACGCAGCACAACCCCCACCCAUACAUCUACCUACCAACCCCUCCUUGCUCCUUAUAUUAUGAUACUUAUGACUUUAUAUGUUGAUGAACUGCACAGAGAGAAUAGGAAGGAGACACCCCUUUCUCUCCGUCCUCCCUUUCCUUCCCUUUCCCCAGCGCCAACCUUUAUCUGUUGCCAUACUUACCGUGGGGCCGUGCACUUUUGUUUCUUCUGCUCCGAUCUGAUUCGCUGCUCAAACCUGUCACUCACUCCCUCCACGCCUUACGAUUGUUGCAGUCCUUCCCUCCCCAGAGCAGAGCCACGUUUUAAAGAACCCCCCUUCCUCUCGUCUUUAUCCUGCUCUGCAACAUCUGUUUCUACCUGAUCUAAUCUCCCAAAAACAGAUCCACCUACCGGAGAGAAUCUGCUUCCUGUUUGCUGGAUUUAAAGAUGGAGACGGUGGGUCUGUUUGUGGGAAAGCUCACGUAGAAACGGAAUGUUUUUUUGUCUUUGUUUUCCCCGAGCAGGCCCUAUGUGAUAUAACUGGAGUGGAGCUGAUAAUUAAAGAUAUCGAAGACGGGUUUAACCCCUUUAUUCAUCUCAAAUGUAAAAAAUAACUAAAUGUAAACCAGUUUCCUGUGUUGUUCUCUAGCUGUGUUCUCAUUGGUCACUACGGGGGGAUUUCCUGGACCAAACAGGAUGUAGGAAGUUAAAACACUUACCCUUCCCCCCCUCCUCUUCACACACUAAACCUAUUGUCCUGAAAAAAAUAUAAAGAAAUUAAAAAUAGCAAAUGUUGCAGUCACAUACUGUAUGUUUAUAUAAGAGAAAAAACACUCCCUGAUUCAAAGUUGGAUUUGUUUUUCUACGUCCAAGGCACAGACAUUAUCAUGGAUGAAGUAGGGAGCUAUUGCAACUGGAGUGAAAUGAUUUAUAAACCCUUUUUGAUGAAAGCUGCUUUUUGAAUCCCUCGACCAAACCUAAACCUCAGCCUUUAUCUAGACCAAACCUUUGAUACUGGAUUAACAGACCAUCAUCUCUUACACACACACACAACUGGAACCUGGUGCUACUAACUCCUGUUAUAACUCGUGAAAUGUUAAUAAAGUCAAGCAUCUCUCACCAAAAGACGGUGAUUCUCUGCUGCCCCAGCACCUGAAAGCCUUGCCAUAUAUAUCUGAAAUCUGCUGCUUCUUUAGUUUUAAUUUCUGUCUGAAGUAGAGAUGUGACUAAAUUGUUUUUUGUUGGGUUUUUCUGUUCCUGAGGAAGUGAAACGUUUAAAAAAAAAAGAUAAAAGAAGCAGAUUUUGAAUAAUUUGUCAUCUAUUUAACUGAACUGUCUGUCAUGCAGUCGUGUAGCACAAAGCACCCAUUGGUCUUUGAUUCUCCACCCUUCUGCUUUUCACACAUUAAUGGUUUCCAUAAAUUAGGCUGUUUCCCCACAUCAUCCUCUUCAACAUUAAUCAUUUCUCUGAUGUGAAUCAGAACGGAAAACCAAUCAUUGUACUCCUAUGAAAUAACACAUGAUUGUAGCCAGCUCCUCACAAACUCCGUCCAAUUCUCUCGGAGCGUUGUUUUUUUUGCAUGAAGGGUUGAGAAUCUCAAGCGAGUAAAAGGAGCGUUUGUCCUCGGAGAAACCUUACAUCUCCAAGGUAACAAAGACCGAGGCUUAGACAAACGGAUGUGGAAGGGUAAACAUGUGGUAAUGACUGUGCCUUACUCUUUUUUGGGCAGUAGGAAAAAAUUUAAAAUAAGAUCCACAUCUUUGCUUUGUAUAACUGGAACUUCUUUUUGUAUUAUUAUUUUGUAUAAUUUUUUUGAUAUUGUGGAUUAACCUCUCUUGUGCCAUUGGUUCACCUGAAAUCCAACGACCAAUAAAACUGGGAUUUGGAACGCUA